CACGUGACCCGCGUCGCCCUCCUCGUGUUUGUCCGUCCCCGAGUCCGCCUCUUAGACACAGAGGACGGUUAGCUACCACUGCUGUGCCAUGUUCCGAGCCGUGUUCCGACUGUCAGCCACAGGGGCCCGGAGUCUGGCUCGGUCACGAGCCUGCUACACGGCUCCGUUGGCUUCCAGAUGUUACUCCCAUGGUAAGGUGGAGUCAGACGAGGAGUUUGAUGCCCGUUGGGUCACUUACUUCAGCAAACCCGACAUAGAUGCCUGGGAACUGAAGAAAGGCAUGAACACUUUGAUUGGGUAUGACCUGGUACCAGAGGCCAAGAUCCUGGAUUCUGCACUUAGAGCUUGCCGGAGACUCAAUGACCUGGCCAGUGCCAUCCGCAUCCUCGAGGCCGUUAAGGACAAAGCAGGCCCCCACAAAGAUAUCUAUCCUUACCUGAUCCAAGAGCUGAAGCCAACCCUGUCAGAACUUGGCAUCUCAACACCAGAAGAGCUUGGCAUUGACAAGUUAUAGACCAUCAAGGUCUUUUGAUGUACAAAGAGAAGAGCACCCUCUGAUUCUCUCCUGUCAAAUAUGUCUAUAUAUUGUUGAUUAAAUCCAUGCUGUCCUAUUGUGUACAAAAUGGUGGACCUAAUAAAGAAAACCAAUAAUUUAAGAA